AUGGCUACGGAAAAUAACUCUGGCGUUGUAAACGGUCACUCCAAGCAAGAGCCUACAAUUCAAACCGAAGCAGAAGUCAACGGUAAAUCGCUGGAGGAUACUGCUAGAGAGACCAAGGACGACAGCCGUCCACGAGAGAGUGACCAAGCGCUACUUGCAGAGUCUGUCCCCAAUCCAAACCAGAGCAGCUCGGAAGGAACCAAGUCUGCUGAAGACUCCAAAACCGUCGGUCCUUCAACUUCUCCAGAACAGGCCCUCGCUGGGGCUGUGACUGACGCUCAACCGCCAUCUACCGCAGAGACAGCGCAAGCUGGAGACAAACAGGAACACAAUCCAUCUUCGACACCGGCCGAUGAUGACAAAGCUAUCCCUGGAGAAUCCGCGGAACCUGCACGUAAAAAGCAGAAAAUUAGCGAAGAGAACGGUGUGGUCGAAAACGGUCAAACAGCUGCGCCGGCCACCGGUAACUCGACCUCGAAUGCCACUGGCAACGGUGAGAAAAACUCGGGGCGCUCUAAGAAAGUGAAAGACACGGUGAAGCGUACAGUUCAUACAGAUGGUAUCGGGAGUCGGACCCGCAGUCGGACCAAGGCUGCAGCGACUUGA